AUGCAACACUGGAAAUCCUCGUUUUCUACAGGGUGUUGUUUGAAAGUUUUUCGAGUUUCAGCAGCAGAUUUUAAUGGCGGAGGCCACCGUUUCACAAGUUCAUCAGAUUUUUCAGUUUUUGUUUGUUACACUCUCACCUCAGCCUUAUACGAACAUAAGAUCAGCAAAAGCGGACAUCUUACUAUAACCAGCGAAAGGACUCGCUCACAACAUUUGAAUCUGGCUGACUGUUUGGACAAGCUACGUUUUAGCAUUCGUGAAUGCGAGAAGGAAACAAGGCCGAAAGGACUUUCCGAAGAAGAUAUGAAGAUCAUAAAGGCCAAAGCGGCUGCUGACCGGCGAAGGAUUGAGACAAAGAGGUGGAGAUCUGCCCUCAAGCAACCGUUGUCUUGA